GUCCAACUCAUAUGUUGUGGAGCCGUCACCGCCGACGUCGCAGCCCCCGCGGCCACAGCCCCACGUUGCGCGUGCACGGAUGGGGAAGCUCCGGCUAUCGACUGCCAGCGAUGCCCGAGUACACCGAGGUCGGGCUGGGGUUGGCAACGAUUGAUCAUGAUUUCAUAUAUGCAGCUGACGUCCCGCGGUGAAGGCGAGAGAGACUGGCCCUUUUCAUAUUCUCGCGUGGUGCAUUCAAGAUGGCAUUGUCACGAAGCUUCUCCAGGUGCUUGAGGGCCAACACGCUCCAUACUCGAUCAUCUCUUCUACGCCCUUCCCUCAACCGACUCCAGCACCGCACCUUCGUAGCAAAAGCAACCGAAUACCUCCCCGCCUACCCCGACCUCACGGAAUCAGAGCAGUCCGUCCGCGACGGCAUCGCCAAAAUCACCUCCUCCUUCCUGGAAGACUACUGGCUCCAAAUCGACAAAGCGCAGCGCUGGCCCUCGGAAUUCCAACGCGCCAUCGCCGACGCAGGAUGGCUGGGCAUUAUGAUGCCGACCGAGUACGGCGGGAGCGAGCUAGGCUUGAGCGAGGCGACGGUCAUGAUGCAGACCAUUUCCGAGAGCGGGGCCGGCAUGACGGGCUCGAGCAGUGUGCAUAUGAAUAUUUUCGGACUCGCGCCGGUUGUCAAGUAUGGGAAUGAGGAGCAGAAGGCGCGCUUUCUGAAGCCGCUGAUUGAGGGGCGGGAGAGGGCUUGUUUUGGGGUGACGGAGCCGAAUACUGGCCUCGAUACGCUGAAGUUGCAGUCUCUCGCGACGAAGCAGGGGGAUGGGAGUUAUGUGGCCAAGGGGAGCAAGAUCUGGACUUCGACGGCGCAGGUGGCGGAGAAGAUUUUGUUGCUGGUGAGGACGACGCCGUUGGCGGAGGUGAAGAAGAGCACGCAUGGCUUGACGCUGUUCUACACGGAUCUGGACCGCAGUGCGGUGAGUGUGACGGAGAUUGAUAAGAUGGGGCGCAUGGGGGUUGAUACGAACAUUCUGGGGUUCGAGGGGUGGAAAAUUCCCGAGAAGGAUCGGAUUGGCGAGGAGGGGGAUGGGUUUAAGUUGAUUAUGCAUGGGAUGAAUGCGGAGCGGAUUCUGGUUGCGGGCGAGGCGUUGGGGUUGGGAUAUGCUGCAUUGCGACACGCGAGUCGAUAUGCGAAAGAGCGGGUCGUGUUUGGGCGUCCAAUCGGGCAGAACCAGGGGAUUCAGCAUCCGCUGGCCAAGUCGUGGGUUGGGCUGGAAAGCGCGCGGUUAAUGGUCAUGCAGGCGGCGCGCAUGUGGGACGAAGGCUACGCGGCGGGCGAGUAUGCGAAUGCAUGCAAGUACUGGGCGGCGGAGAUGGCUUUUACGGCUUGCGAGACGGCCGUGUGCUCCAUGGGAGGCAUGGGUUAUGCCAAAGAAUACCACGUCGAACGCUUCCUCCGCGAAGUCAUCAUCCCCCGCCUGGCGCCCAUCAGCCGCGAAAUGAUCCUCAACUACAUCGGCGAAAAAGUGCUCGAGCUCCCGCGCUCCUACUAAUCCCCAAGAAACAUCACAUCCCCCCAAAUCAAUACAACGCAGGCUGCGGCUCCCCGGGCUUAGCAUCAUACGCAAUCCUCCCACUCGGCAGGAAGAAGAACGCGAUCCCCCGCCCGCCCCG